AUGUCAGGGCCCAAGAAGAUCGCUAUAAUAGGCGCCGGCCCCUCAGGCCUCGUCACAGCCAAAACGCUCCUCCACGACUACCCUAACGGAACCUUUGCCCCGGUUAUCUUUGAACAACGACACGAUAUCGGCGGUCUUUGGCCCAACAGCCCAACAGUGACAACAACGAAUAAUGAAUCCGAGCCUACCUCCCACGGACAAAAUGAAUCGACUGUUGGCCCAUUGAACCCGUUCAUGCGGACGAAUCUCAGUCGCUUCAACGUUGCGUUCUCGGACCUGCCGUGGGAAUCUGUCUUUGAUGAUACGGAAGUCCCUAUGUUUCCGCAGGCGUGGCAGGUGGGAAGAUACUUGGGAAGAUAUGCAGAGUGGUUUCUUCCGGAUGGAGUGUUGAGAUUGGGACGGAGGAUUGUGCGGACGAGUCGGAGGGUUGGAGACGGAGAGGGGAGACGAUGGACGGUGCAAUGGGCUGAAAGCCGCAAUAAAAAGAAUGAAGUUCAAGAAAUACGCUCGGAAGAGUUUGAUCUCCUUGUCAUAGCUUCUGGUUACUUUGCGUCACCCAGUAUACCAGAAAUUUCUGGAUUAGAUGGGUUCAUGGAUAAAACUAUCCACAGCUCGUCUCUACACAGCGUUGAGCACCUCCUACAAAAAUCCAAUGGAACCGGCGGUAAAUUAGUCGUCAUAGGCGGGAGCUUGUCAGGGACUGAAGCCACCUCGACUGUUGCUCUUCACGUUUCUUCGUCCAAGUUUGCCCAAGAACCAGCAGAGCAAGUUUACGAGGUGCAUCAUGUUUGCACCAGACCAUUCUGGACGAUACCAGCUUAUUUGCCUCGAGAGACAACAGAUACGUCCACCGAUGAGACUAUAUCUUUCAUACCCUUGGACUUGGUGAUGUACGAUCUAUCUCGACGACCCCCGGGACCAAUUGAAUACGCCUUUGGGCCCAUUCCGACGCAGAAAGCACAGAAAACCAAUGAUUAUUUGUACUCGCUACUCGGUGUUGAUUACGGGAAGUUUGGAAAUAUCAAAGGGGGCAAUGAGGAAGUCUCGCAGCCUCCUUGGGUUUCUAUUGGGAAUGAUUACGCAGAAUAUGUUCGAUCUGGGGCUGUCACACCCACCAUUGGUAGGGUCAGUGCUGUCCACAGAAGUCAGACUUCUGACUCAGCACAAAUCGAAAUUAGCCUUCCGGACGGCAAAGCGGUCACACUGGACGAUGUCGUAGCCAUCGUGUUGGCAACCGGUUUCACCCCAUACAAUUCCCUUUCGUUCCUACCAAGCCAUGUCCUCUCUUUACUCGAGUAUUCCGAAAAAGACCCAUUCCUUCCCUUAGUCCUAGAUGGAAAGGGAACCAUGCACGCAGAUAUCCCCGACAUAGGAUUCGUGGGCUUCUACCGGGGACCAUAUUGGGGCGUCAUGGAAAUGCAAGCUCGGCACGUAGCAGCAAGCUGGGCCAGAGCGGAGCCAGGUGACUGCUAUAUAAGCGUGAAGGAAAGAAAAGAAGAAAGGCAACGGAUCCGGGACCUCAGGAAUAUAGACCCGCAGCUUUACCGCGGCCAGUUUCCGAUGGGUGAUUACGUGGGAUUGAUGGAGUCGUUUGCUAGGGAGCUCGGAAUGGGUAGGACACCACUCCUGCAAUAUGUGAGAGAUGAAGAGAGAAGAGGACCAGUGCUACCGGCCCGCUAUACAUUCGCAGGUGGAUGUCUAAGUACGGUCAAAGCAGAGGCAGGCAGAGACAUUACACUCAACUCCCUGCGAAGUAUUCUAUCUUCCGAACAGCAUCAGAAAACUACCGCACCCGCCGCAACAGCAAUAUCCACAGCCAUCUUCCGAGCUCUACACGGAACUUGGAGAAUAACCCGAACACACAAUAACCGAACUACGCAUGGACUAGCAACAUUCCACCCUCGAUACUCGACCUCCCCAGCCUACGAAAAAGAAUACCUCUACGAAGAAUCGGAAUCUGCACCCGGAGAACAACCUGGCUCUAUAACGCAAGCAGCACCAACUCAAACGUCAACAAACAGACUCAUCUACCGUCUACGCGCACCUGAGAGUACCAUAACUAUCGGUCCCAACACCCCGCACAUCCUCGUCUGGUCUGUGGACAUGGCUAAAGAUCCAAACACGGCUGCGCGGCUUUCACAUGGCAUUGACCUAGCUAUGACAGCGACAUGCGGUGAUCAGAGAAUUAAGAAGGGUAAGGAGGCGAGCUUAGGUGGAUAUACUGUGCAUGCAGUAGGGGUUGCCGGAAAUAUAGCGCAAUAUGAAAGGCGCAAAUAUAUAUUUUAUUUUCAGGGGGUGUCGAUUUUGUCUUGGGAGUACUGCGUCGAGACGAGUGAUGAGGGCUUUAUACAGACUGUAUAUGAGCGUGAUUGA